CCAAAAACACGCACCCCGUAUUCUUUCCCAUAAAACGUUACAGGCACGACCACCAAAACCCCAUUGAAGCAAAAGUUCCGCGUCUCGUACAAUUCAAACACCCCUUUCCAACACCACCAGACAGACACCCUUCCUUAACAAUGCAUGCGAAAUCCGACUCCGAUUUAACUAGCGUCGAAGCUCUAACCCCACCCCGCUCACCCCGCCGGCCACUCUACUACGUCCAGAGCCCAUCUAACCACGAUGCCAACGACAAAAUGUCCUACGGCUCCAGCCCAUUCGGCUCACCCAUUCACCAUUCCCGUGAGUCCUCCACUUCCCGCACUUUUUCAGCUUCCAUUAAACACGCCGUUGUUCGGGCUAACGGUGUACGGCCUCUGUCUCCCUGGAAACGCCUUGAGUAUGGUACUGAUAUGGAUGAUGAGGAUGAUGAAGUUGACGGUGACGGUGACGGUCGUCUUCCGUUUAAGUUUUACGUUAUGUGGUUUGUAGUGUCGUUUAUCCUCUUGUUUACCGUUUUCUCUUUGAUUUUGUGGGCUGCUAGUGUUCCGUACAAGCCUAAGGUUGUGGUUAAGAGUAUGAUGUUUGACAACUUUAAUGUCCAAUCCGGGAUGGAUGCAACGGGAGUACCAACGGAUAUGUUGACUUUGAAUACAACAGUCAAAAUAUUUUACAGGAAUCCGGCUACGUUUUUUGGUGUUCAUGUCACCGUUACUCCUAUUCAGAUUCAUUAUUUUCAACUUAAGCUUGCUUCUGGCUACGUGAAGAAGUUUUACCAAUCAAGAAAGAGCCAAAGAGUGAUUGUAGCCCAAGUUUUGGGGUAUCAAACGCCACUAUAUGGCGGAGUGUCGCCUUUCAAUGCCGCCAUAGGCCACCCGAAGAACGUAAUAGUUCCUGUUAAUCUGACAUUCGUGAUGAGGUCGAGAGCAUACAUUUUAGGGAGGCUGGUGAAACCCAAAUUCUACAAAAAUGUCUUGUGUCAAGUCACAUUACGAGGUAACCAAAUUGGUAAGCAUGUGAACUUGACUGAUUCUUGCAUCUAUCUUGAUUAAUUUGUAGAAACAUUUGUAUCUUGUUGUCUUCUAACAUUGGUACAUAAUUGAAUUGUCAAGUCAUAUGACUGGUGAUAUUUGUC